GGAUUUGAUGAGGUGGAAAUACAGAAAAAGGUGGAUGAGUAUCGGAAAUUAUUGCAAAGUCAGGUGGAGUCUGGCGAACUGAACAUAGAUGCUGAGCUGAAUACUCGGGACACGCACGUUCGGGCCAAAGCCGCAAUUCAGAAUCGAAACCGAAUGCGCGCCGCGCUUGGCAUAAAAGAUGACUUCAUCGAUGGGACAUCUUUUGAAAAGUUGAACAAGGGCGCUGCGCUGGGCGUGGAGGAGAAAUCUGAGAAGGAUGAGGAAAAGACGACGAAGGAACAUGAAGAUAUAAAGAAGAGUAGGAAAAGAAAAUCUGAAUCAAGUUCAUCAUCCUCCUCUUCGUCAUCGUCUUCCUCUUCGUCAGAAGAGUCAUCGGACGAAAACUCUUCGGAUUCCACCGACUCAGAUGGCAGUGAUUCGGAGGACAGUUCGAGCAGAACAAGUGAUGAUUCCAGUGAUGAAGAGCUGAACGAAGAUACUGAAGAUGAGGUGCAAUCAGAAGAAAAAGAAAAACAAAUUGUUGACGACAAAACGGUUUCGGAUGAAGAAAGAGGGCGGUCUCGGACUCACGACGACCGGCGCAUACUUCACUCAGUCAAUCGAUAUAGCGGUGACAGUGAUUAUCGUGAUCGCGACAGGCCUAGUCAUCGCAAAUCACGUCACUACGAUGAUCGCGACAGACUUUACGAUGAUUGCCGUCAUGAAUACCGAAGGUAUGUGUACAGAUUCGUAUAG